AUGGAAAAUCAUUUAGGAGAAAAUAAUAUGGAAGAGAUUCAUCAAGAAGAAGUAAAAAAAGAAGGACUAGAUGAAGAAACUUCUAUGGAACUUGAGCCACAACAAAUUGAAGAAGAAACAAAAGAAGAAAAGACUAUGGAAGAGGAUAACGUUGAAAUUCAAAUAAUGGAUGAAGCUUUCAGUAAACAACUUGAAGAAAAAGUUAUUAAAGAAGAAGAGGAAAAACAAAAAUCAUGUCAACCACAAGAAAUGAAAGAUGUUGAUGAAGAAGAAGAUGAUUUAUUUAAAACACAUGAAUUUAAAUCAAAACCAUCAGGAAAAAGUAUUAAGGCAAGUGUUAUGGCAUUUUUCUCAAUGGGAGAUAAUACUCAAAAAACAGACACUACGUUAGAAAAUCAAGAACUAUACAAAUUUCCUACAAAUAUGAGAGAACGUGCUCGUUUUAUUCCAUUAAGAAUUACACAACCAGAAAGAAAAAUGUUAAGAUUAUUAGAAGCAGCACUUCAUGUUUCUAAAUACAGUGAUAAAGUUGAUCAAAUAAAGUUGAUUGGUAAACCACAACGAUUACAAGAACAAUUAAAAGGAAUAGCAUCUUUAUUAAACGGUAUAUUAAUUGCAACACAACCAAGUGAAAAAGAAGAUUAUUCUGAUGUAUUAAAUACAUUUAGUCAACAUGAAGAUGUAUUACAGGCAAUAUUCGAAAUUGGAAGAAGGUAUAAAAUUAUGAAUCCAGACAGAAUGAGAGACGAUUAUGCUAAACUUAUUUUCAUACUUCAAGAUAUUACUGUUAAUUCUAUUAAUGAAGAACUUGGUGUUUCAUUAUUAAGACCAGUAGAAACAGUGUAUCGAUAUCUUGAAAGAAAGGAUUUAUUAAAAAUUCUUGAUGAUGAAUUAAUUGAAAUUGCAGUAAGUGAAAUUAUUCCAGAUAAUAAGAGUAAAUCCCAAAUUCAAGAUGAGAUUAAAAGAAAAGAAAAUGCUAUUAAAGUUAUUGCAAAGAAAUAUUCAACUAUGAAUUGUGAUGAAGAAGAAAUUAAACAAUGCUUAUAUUCUAUUGCAGAUAAUAAUUGUUAUCUUAGAUAUAAUAGAGAUCCUGUUGUAAAAACAAUCCAUUAUUUAGAAAAAUAUUUUGAUCCUAAUGAAGCAAAAGAACCUAGAUUCUCAUUGGCUAUUAAUGAAGGAAAUGAAGGUUCUCGUUUAUCACAUGAUCAUGCAAAACAAUUCUUAUUUGUGAAACAAACAUUGGUAUUAUGGAAUAUUAUUUUAGAAAAUAUGUAUCAAUUAUGGAUAUUAGCAGAAUUAGAUUUGUUUGAUCCUCAACAUCCUUAUGAAAUGAAAAAUACAGGACAAGGAUAUCAUAGAUUACAACAAUCACCUAGAAUUUCUUUGGUUAUGCAUCGAAUAGUUAAAGAAAUGCAAGAAAAAGUUGGUAAUUGGGUUGGAUCAGCACAAAUUCAUCUUGGAGAUCAUAAUGUUCCAAAUGCAUUAGUAUUUAUUGACAAAUAUACUCAAAUAUCAAGAUUCCUUGGACCAAUUGUUACGACUUUAGAAAACUUAGAAAAAAUAGGAGAAAAGAAUGCACAUGUAAAGAAUUAUAUUAUUAAGACCUUUGGGUCUUAUGAAGAAUUAAGAAUGAUUAUUCUUACUGAUUUCUUCAAACAUGCAUUUGAUGGGAGUGGAGCAGAUAACUUCUAUGAUGCAGGUUCUUGUAUUGAUGGAAGAUUAACUUCAGCUUGGAAUUGGUGUUCUUCUGUUGACAAAAAAGAAUAUUACCCAAUUUUCCAAUUAGCUGGUUUUACUGGAUUUGAUGGUGCAUUUGCUUGA